AUGCGCGCGAACUUGAAGAAGGCAUUUGUACAGCAUGUACCAAAGCAGUUUAUUGCGGAAGGCUGGACACCCACCUGCCACGCCCCCUCCGAUCCCGGCCUCGCCCUCUUCAAACCGCUCCCACCCAACCACACCUCCCUCCCUUCCUACCUAGUCUAUGGCUUCCCCGUCAACAUGGACCUCAUCGAAAACGUUUUGUUGGAUCUAGGAAGUGUAGUCGGCUAUGACGCCGACAUGAUGAUGGCCACCUCCCACCUCGGGAUGUACCUCGAAGCCCGCAUAGGCUACGACACCGGGAACCUCGCGUACUACGUGGCCAAAGCCGACGAGAAAGCCGAGAAGGACGGAAUCGCUGUGGACCUUGAAGACGAACCUCAGCGCGCAGUAGAGCUCUUAGUCGUCUCGUCGACUGGAACGGACAAGUUGUACCGCCAACGACCCACCGUGAAGCAAUGGAAGAUGUUGGAGGAAUACCUAGGCGAUGCGAGGUGGUUCGAAGCGAUGGAGCCCAAGGACCAAUUCCCCGCGUACCCGCUUCAAAAUCUUCACAAAGCUGGAAAUCUCAAGGGCCGAUGGAAGGAUGUGUAG